AUGAAUGCCACGUACAGCACAAUCCAAAAAUGGCUUUUAUUUAGUCAAGAGAUGUCUAACUGUAAUUUGAGUUUGGCGGUUUCUGAUGAAAAAGUGUAUCUCUUCAGCACAGUUAAACAAAACUGGUCAAAGAGUCGUGACGUGUGUCUUUCAAAAGGAGCCGACCUGGUCACCAUCACCAGCUACAAAGAACAGGUGUUUCUCGCGUCCCACGUUAAAGAGCCUCUCUGGAUCGGUCUUAAUGAUCUGGACACUGAGGGCCGGUGGGUUUGGGUUAAUAACCAAACUCUUGAAGAAACAGGAGUACAGUUCUGGCACAAGAGGAAUUCUUCAAGUGAACCAGACAACUGGAAAGUUGAGGAUCCAUUAGGAGAGAACUGCGCUUGUCUGGGAGGUUUGCAUGGUCAACUACCAAACAUUUGGUUUGAUUAUUCCUGCAAACAUAAGUUAAAGUUUAUCUGUGAAAAGAAAAAUACAUCCUUAUUCAAAGAUGACGAGUGA